UUUCUAUUUUUCUGAACAUAAAUAAACAAUUUUUUUUAAAUCCCUAAAUACUAAGAACCUUUUUCUGGGCAAUUGUAUUGUAUUGUGUGUGUUUGAUUCAAUCGUGGUUGCACAUACUUGUCUCUGUUUUUUGCUGUUUGAUUUUUUUGAUGGAUAAAGGUAAAGCUUCCAAGGAAUUAGAAACCUCUCUGCAAAACCUCGAUUUGAAUCCCCAAUCCAACGUCAAGAACAAAACUUCCAUUGCAACUAACCACCAUCAAUUUCAAGGACUACUGCCUAAGAAGAUGAAGCCUCCAAGUUUGGUUAGCCUAUGCAUUGGAGUUAUUGGAAAACAUUUGGAGGAUAUUAUUACGGAUUUGCCGGAGAUUGCUAUCGGUUUGCCAGCUGAGAUAAAGACGGCAGUGGCAGCUAUUGCGAGACGGAGAAAGUUGUUGAAUGAUGAUGUCCUGAUUGCAUUAGCUGAUACUUCUUGGGAAUACCUUGAUGUCUCUGGAUCAGAUGUUUCCGACGUUGGCUUGAUUAAAGCAGCCGAAGUAUGCAGAUCAAUUAAAGCUCUGGAUAUAAGCCGAUGUACCAAAAUCACUGCUACUGGUAUAUCCGAACUUGUGAAGCACUGCCGUUUAUUAGAGACAUUGAGAUGCGGAGGGUGUCCGAGGAGCGAUCAUACAGCUCGGAGGUGCUUGAGUAUAUUUAAACCGAGGCUGGACUAUGUCGAGGAGGAUUCCUGGGAGGAGCUCGAUACGAAAGAAAUUUCAAGUGGCGCGCAAUCACUCCGGUGGCUAGUAUGGCCAAACAUCGACAAUAAUUCGUUAGACGAGAUAUCUACCGAGUGUCCGCGGAUCAUAGUGAACCCGAAGUCAUCUCUGUUCGGGUUUAUGGGAACUCAGGUUCCUUGGGAAGCGUUACGAAAUACUGUAUUGGAUGAUGUGGCUGUGAAGGAUAUUGAUCCCAAGACAUGGAGAGGGCGUGGUUUUGCAGUGAAGCCCGCUUCGCCCUCUCCUUCAACCUCCCCUGAAUUAUCAGUGGCCGAGAAAUUCCGGCUCGCCUUUGAGGAAAGGGACAACCGGUUAGCUCCAAAGCGAGCGAAAAAUGCACGGCAACACCAGCGUCGCGCAGUGCGAGAGUUAAUGUUGAUGAGCACAAGGGCUAAGGCAAUGGUCUUGGCUUCACAAGCAAGCAAGUCUCUUCACAGCAGAAGCUCAUAAAAUUAUCAGAUCAUGUGGUGUUUUAUUACUCUGUAUAUAUGUAAGAAAUUUCAAUAGUUCUUCACUAAAUUUUUAGAAAAUUUCCUUCAACAAGUUGGAAACAUCACAGGCUUGAGAUGAAUGGAGGUGUGAGGUUUUGACAAAAGUGCAAAUUUAUUUGCAUGCUGCUUGGUUUUGAUGAAAUUGAUAAAUUUAAGAUGAAAUCUAAACAGAGUACUCAGAUAAUUCAAUAUCCAUUCUCUAGAGACUAUUAACAA